UGUGGUUUUCGUUUGAGGCGAAACUGAGUCAGUUCCUAACCCCAACUGCUGUCAAAAUGUAUGAACUGACAGCGGUUGGGGUUAGAACCUGACUCAGUUUCAGGUUCAAGCGAAAUCGCCAUAAUUUUGAGAGUUAGAUGGUGCUUUUACGCAAGUGGGAUACACUGUAUCCCGGUCAAACCAUUCGGAAUCCUGAAUGGAGUCAUUAUGGAUUCCAAAUCAAAUGCAACAACCGAUUCUGAGUCGGAAUCGGUUGUUGCAUUUGAUUUGGAAUCCAUAAUGACUCCAUUUAGAAAUCCGAACCGGUUCCGGAAUGAGUUUAAGCUAAGUAUGCACCUCUUGCGAAAUGAAAUUUCCUAUACAAAACCUAUGCAUAAAAAACGUCGCGAAAUGCUCGCGAAAAAUUUUUUCGUUUCCAUUUCGUAAAGCUUAGUAUGCACCUCUUGCGAAAUGAAAUUUCCUAUACAAAACCUAUGCAUAAAAAACGCCGCGAAAUGCUUGCGAAAAAUUUGUUCGUUUUCAUUUCGUAAGCGGUACGCAGCUCUCGCGAGAACGAUAACGAAAACUGCAGUUAGCCGAGACACGGUUCAAUAAACGAUAAGUUUGAUUUAACUUCCGCGAGAUAGCGCUGCUUUCUAUGCGCUGUCACCAAGGCUGACUUUUUUCUUGCGAAAUAAUGAUCGGAUGUAUUAUUCCGCUCGGAUGCUUGCGGAAUUUUGACAGGUGGAGAUAAAAAAAAACAAAAAUGACGUUUGAUUAUUGUUUUGUCUUGCGCUGUUGGCGGAACAGAGAUUCCUAGCUCCUUUUUACUUCGGCUUGCUGUCAGAAGAUAAAAAGAAUACAGGAACGACCUUUUCCUUAUUUGCUCCGUAGGAGGUACUUACAGUUUCUCCUGCGGUGGUCCUCCCGGUUUAGUGAAAUCCGAACCAGACAAAAGCGCAGUCAAAUCCCAGCCGUGGUUCCUACCAGUUCCUUGCAUCAAAAUAUCCCUGCCUUGACACCGAUCGUGAUUCAAGCACCCCAACAGAAGCAGAAGUAAGCAUUCACUAUUCUAGCGCUUAUCAGCAGCAUUUCACAGCAGGCCCAGCAGCAGUACCAUAUUCAACAAUAACAGCAGCAAAUUAAAACUUCCCCAAUACGAUGGCCAUUAUCCGACCGGUGGGUAAAGAUGAAGAUCAAACCAUGGUUUUUCCCCCGGGGUUGACCUGAUUCAACGACCUGGUUCACAACCGCAACUAGCGUAAACGAUCCAAGUCAAACAGGGUCAAACAUAGGAGACCAUUUUCCAACCAGGACUAUCAUCACCCAGAUUAAUGGGAAUUCAGGCAGUGGUAACGGAAUUAAAUAAAAGAAAACCAACGACUUGGUUGAAAGAACGAUAUAUAUAAUAAUGUUAUGUCGUGUAAGUAUAAGUAAUGAAUGACAAAAUAUUAGGCUUCCGGUAUGGAAUGACAGUUCACCGUAGAGGGGUCGGUGAAUAGGAUUUGUAGUGUAAGGGGUAGGAAAUUGGCAUUCCCAACAUCCCCGCUCAAUUUACGGAAUCCAUCAUCCCUAGAUUUGCUCGAUGUUUCUGGAAAAUCCCAGCGGGCAGUCCCUUCGUCAUUACAUCCGCCAACUGCUCGGCUGUUGGAAUGUACUGCAACACAACGCGUCCUUGCUGAAUCUCCCUUCUUACGAACAUUUGUUUCACGUCAACAUGCUUCAAUCGACCCACUCCGCGCUCAUCUUCAGCUACACGAAUCGUUGAUUGGUUGUCCUCGAAGUAUGUAACUGGUUUGUUCAUUUUAAUUUUUAAAUCUCCUAACAAUCGCCCAAGCCAUGUUCCAUGACACACCGCUGUACUCAACGAAAUAAGCUCCGCUUCGGUGGAAGAUAGAGAAAUCGUCGACUGCUUCCGAGUUAGCCAACAAACGGUACUACCAUAAAUGCGGAAAACGUAUCCGGAUAAAGAUUUCCUGUCCAUCAAGUCGUUUGCCCAGUCUGCGUCGGCGUAGGCUUCCAGCACGGAUGCACCAUCAUUCCCUUGAUAAACCAGUUCGAGAUUAAGCGUUCCUCGAACAUAUCGCAAAACUCUUUUUAGCUGUACCCAGUGCUGUUCGGUCGGGCAACUUUGGAACUGGCUGAAAUAAUUGACAGCUGCACACAAAUCAGGUCGAGAUGUCAAUGCUACAUACAUCAAACAUCCUACCAAUUCACGAUAGGGCUUGUCUGUCUGUUCUGCUUGCUUUCCUCGCUCCAGGCGCAGGCGACAUUCCAUCGGCGUCGAGAUUGGCUUACAAUCCUGCAUGUUGAACCGGAAAAGAAGACUUUCCAAAAAAAAACACGCUGACUUAUCCUCAAGAUUCGCUUCCUUAUGUCUCGCUCCACCUUCAUUCCGAGAAAAUUCUUCACUUCUCCAACAUCAGACAUUUCAAACUCUUCGACGAAAUGACGUUUCACUUCCUCCACCAGCGCUAGGUCCUUAGAUGCGAUAAGAGUAUCGUCGACAUACAAUAUGAGAACUAUCAAUGAACUACCUGAUCCCUUCACAUACAAGCAAGGGUCAUUGGUGCUCCUCUUGAAUUUCAGCCCUUGCAUGAACUGAUCGAACCGUAGAUUCCAAGCUCUCGAUGACUGCUUUAAACCAUAUAGCGCACGGUUGAGGCGACACACUAAGCCGUCCCCUUGUUUAUAUCCUUCGGGUGGCGUCAUAUAGAUUUCUUCAGUUAUCUUUCCGUUGAGAAACGCUGUCCGUACAUCCAUUUGAUGUACAUGCCAUUUUUCCUGGUUCGCUAUCGCUAAAAACGCUCGAAUCGUAUCUAACUUGGCAACUGGAGAAUACGUUUCAGAAUAAUCGAAUCCGCGUCUUUGAGAAAAACCACGCGCCACUAGACGAGCCUUGUAACGGUCACUCUUGCCAUCGUCAGAUCUCUUAACUUUAAACACCCACUUACAUGAGAUCGGCUUUCUUCCUUCUGGCAGCUUCAUUAAUGUCCAGGUGUCAUUUUUCAUUAAAGAAUCCAUUUCUUCGCGAACAGCUUGCUUCCACUGUGGCCAAUCUUCUCGCACUUUCAGUUCGUUAAUUGAAUUUGGUAAAUUUUCCACAAAGUUUAUGGCAUUUAGGGCGAAUCCAGUAUAGUUCAAUUCGUAAUCGCUAUGCCACCUCGGAGCUGUCCGUUUCCUUUGUGAUCUUUGUUCAUCAGCAAUUUCUUCUACGGCUUCCGAAUCCGUUUGCUCGGCUGCGCUAUCGAAUCUAUCUUCCUCUGUUUCCUCGACAUCAGAAUCCAUCUCUGUUAAAUCAUUUUGUACACUUUCGUCGCCUGCAUUCGAUGGCUCUCCGGUGUGUUGUGGUGGAAUCAAAAAUUGUUCACUUCCAAAACCUUCACUCACUUGCUGAACAUUUCUUUCUUCCUUGAAAAUAACAUCACGAGCCGUAACGAUUUCCUUUCUCUCGGGAUUCCAAAUGCGAUAGCCAUUUGCACUAUACCCGACGAAUGUUCCGCGCCACGAUUUCGCGUCGAGUUUCUUUCGACACUCUUUCGGAAUGUGCACAUACACAUUUGCACCGAACACGCGAAGUCUCUUCACAUUCGGCUUUUGUUCAUUCCAAAUCUCAAACGGAGUCUUAUUAGAAUCAAUAACACUAGCUGGGCUACGAUUAGUUAAGAACGCUGCGGUUUGGAUUGCCGCGCCCCAUAACUUUUUAUUAACUCUACUGUCUUCGAGCAUAGAACGCGUUUUCUCAACCAGCGUUCGAUUCAUACGUUCGCUUGCACCGUUCUGUUCAGGCGUGUAUGGUAUUGUCCACUCAAUCACGAUACCCUUUUGCUUGCAAAAAUCAGUGAACGCACUAUUUUUAUACUCUCCACCAUUAUCGCAACGGAACCGACUGAUACCUCUGCCAAACUUAGCACUCGCGAUUGCUUCGUAUUCUCGAAAUUUUUCGACAACUUCGUUCUUUGAACGCAUCAAGAAAACGACAACGAAUCGGCUCCAAUCGUCAAUGAAAGAAACAAAAUAUUUUUCACCGUUUAUGCUCACCGGAGUAACUGGGCCACAGACGUCCGAAUGCACCAGUUCCAAAACACCUUUGGUUCGUCUGCCCUCGUGCGUGGGGAAGGGUUCACGAGUCUGCUUCCCGGCAAUGCACGACUCACACACAGUAACGGUAUCAUUCUUUUUCACGGUUUUGCAAUCUAGUCCUACGACCAUAUUAUUGCGAGAAAGUAUUGACAAGUUCUUCGCACUUAAAUGGCCAUACCGACGGUGCCAAAGUUCUAACUCUUUGGGAAUCUGGCCGCAAAAAUACAACGAUGAUUUUUCUGUAUUCUCACUUAUUCGGCAAAAGCUCAUUUCAUACAACUUUUCGCGCCGCGAGCCAACAGCGAUCAAUCUCGAAUUUUGCUUAACAUACACUUUCCCGUUAGCAAACACAAUCUUUAAUCCUGCUGUCUCCAUCUUCCGCACGGAGAGCAGAUUCACUCUUGCAUUCGGAAUGUACAAAACGUUCUUAAGGGUAAUUGGAAUGGACUCAUUGUUUAUGAUUGAUGUCAAUUUCACCUCGCCAUGGUACUUUGCGAUAAUACACUCCCCCGCUUUUGCUACCGCAAUUUGCAUCGGCUUUUCCAUCGGAAAUAAACAUUCGAACAGACUACGGUCGUUUGUCAGGUGUUCAGACGAUCCUGAAUCGAUGAUCCAGUUCACCUUUUGCAUUGGUGGACGUUCUUGCGAUCCACCCAUGAAACAUACACCAUCAUCACUCGUUCCGUAAUGCGCACCAUUUUUCAUUGUUCCACUAAUCUUAUUUUUCAUCUCAGGGCACUCGGAAAUUUUAUGACCUUCUUUGUGACAACCAAAACAUUUCCACUUUUUCUUUUGUUUUCCGGCGCUCGAACCGGCGAAAGCGGCAUCAUCACUUUUAGAGUGCACCAACGUAUCAACUUCGGAACUUUUCCGCUUUAUUUCUUCGUCUAAUAAACGGCACCGUACGAAGUCAAGGGACAAAUUUUCUUCCGGCAUAGUUUCUAGUGCCGUAACUACUGUAGAGUAUUCUGAUCCGAGCGUCAGCAGCAAAUGACAAACGAUGUCAAUGUCUUCUAGCACCGCACCCGUUGUCUUGUAGUCUCUCACUACACGAUCAAACACAAGAAAAUGAUCCUGUAGGGAUCCACCGUCGUGUCGCAACGAAAGUAAUUUCUUUUUCAGAUGUAGGCGGCUAGCUAUACUUUUUCGUUCGAAAAUUCGCUGCAGUGCCACCCAAAUUGCUCUCGGUGUCGGCUUGUCUUGAAUGUAUUCAAGAUGGCUGUCAUGAAUUCGUGCAAUCAAGAGGGACUUGCAACGACGCUCCUUUUUCCUUCGUUUUUCCGCAGCUUUCUCCUUCAAUUCCUUUACGGCAAUCGUGUCUUCUUGUUUCACGACGUACUGGUCAACUUCCUCCAGCUCCUUCUCUAUGCACUCGGCAAGUUCGUGCUCUUCUAGCACAACCUGCAUGCGGAACUUCCACGAGGGAUAGUUAGUACCGUCGAAUUGCGGAACACGCGCCACUUCGGCUUCUCUUUCCAUUUCUAUAUUAUAAAAAAAACGAUCCCGGCACUCGCGAAUCCACUGGGCCCAUAACCUAAUGGGAAUUCAGGCAGUGGUAACGGAAUUAAAUAAAAGAAAACCAACGACUUGGUUGAAAGAACGAUAUAUAUAAUAAUGUUAUGUCGUGUAAGUAUAAGUAAUGAAUGACAAAAUAUUAGGCUUCCGGUAUGGAAUGACAGUUCACCGUAGAGGGGUCGGUGAAUAGGAUUUGUAGUGUAAGGGGUAGGAAAUUGGCAUUCCCAACACAGAUUGCACAGCAGCAGAUACAGCAACACCUGCAUACACAGUAGCAACAGCAUACAAUACAAUCCCAGACGCACCGCGAACAGGAGGAAAUUAUAUUGUAAUGUAAUAUCCUAUUCAGUGGGAAAAAACUCAUACUUGUAGAAUUCACAGCUCGAUCAAGAUUUUUUUUGGUGUGUGUUAUA